UGUCAACCGACGCUUCUUUCCGAGUGCGACGCGUCCGCGACGCGUAACGUCGUGUCCUACAGCAGCUAUUAUUGAGUGAAGAUGGCGGAGUCUGCUGCUCCACGACAGCGGUUCUUCUGUCACUGCUGUCGAGCAGAAAUCGACCCCAAGCUGCCUGAAUAUGUUUGUCCCAGAUGUGAAUCUGGCUUCAUUGAAGAGGUGUCAGAGAACUCAAAUCUUCUUCAGAGUCGAGAUGGUGCUGGUGCUGCUGCUGCAGGGGCUGAUGACAUGGCUUCACAGUUCGCAGAGCUGUGGCAGCUGCUCUACAUGGAGCACUCAGCGCAGCUCUCCGACCCCACCGUCACAGAUGCGCUCCGCAGCCGCUCAGGGGUCGAGGCAGCAGGUGGUGAUCCUGCUCCUGGGACAGAGGGACCUGUAGCGUCCGUGGAGACGUUGUCAGACUGUGCAGAGCCUGCGCUCCUCCCUCAACAACACAGCCAGCAGCGUAACUCUAGACUGGAUCAGGGACAGGCUGUGGAGGGGAUUGUCCAGCAGUUCCUGGCUGGUCUGUUUUCCAAUUCUGACAGUGCAGGUUCCCAAACCUCCUCAUGGUCUAGCAUGCUGCACUCAAACCCUGGAGAUUAUGCUUGGGGACAAGGAGGUUUAGAUGUGGUCAUCUCGCAGCUGCUUGGUCAGUCUGAAAACACCGGCCCCCCUCCUGCUGAGAAGAAGAUGAUCUCAUCUCUCCCCACCGUUAGAAUCUCCUCAGAACAGGCUGCAUGCCGGCUGGAAUGCCCUGUGUGCAGAGAAGAGUACUCUGAAGGGGAAUCUGUCCGACAGCUGCCCUGUCUGCACUACUUUCACAGCAACUGUAUUGUACCCUGGCUACAACUGCACGACACCUGCCCUGUCUGCCGGAAGAGUCUGGAUGGUAAAGACCGGGGUUUCCAGCCACAGACAGGACCUCCAGGGGCAAUUCCCUCACCGACGAAUGUAGAAGAACGUAGCACAUUUGAGGCACUUUAGUCUCAUUUUCCUUCCUUUAUCAUUCUGAUCAAUCCAGGACAGAGAGAAGCACCACAGCCCUGUGCAUCAGUGCUUCACAGAGCCCCUAAAAAGAGAGCCUUCUAUUUCAAAAGACAUUUUAAUUGAGGCUCUUUUAGUCAGUAUCCAUCUGAUUAACAUUUAGAUCUGUUAAUUGUGUUUUUACAAAGUACAGUUGUGCAGUGAUGUUUACAGUCCAACCUGAACUUACAUAUUUCAACUAACACAGCACACACGUGAUGCGUUUAAUCAAUUUUUAAAAUUCCAGUUUGGAACAAACACCGUCUCUUAGGUGGGCCGCAGGACUGGAGCUCACGAGUACUGAGAUAGAUGAUACAGAUGUCUCAGGGGAUGCAGUUCAAGUUGCAUAUGCAUAUUUAAUGGCACAGCACAUGUUUAUCCUAUAGCUUCUUCAGAGCUCUUUUUUCAAUACCUCACAAUGAAGUGCACAGUUCACUUUCCCUGAUCUGCUCCGCACAUGCCUUCACUCUUAUGAAGGUAUCAUAGAAAUGCAAAGAUUUAGAUACCUCCUCAAGUUUUGCACUGUGAAAAUGUUUGUCUGUUGUACUGUACAUGUUUUGGGUUGAUAGUUUGCACUGGUGUUUUCUGUGUGACAUUGCUACUGUAUGUGUUGCUAUAUUGUGGGUUCUUGUGGAUAGAUAGAAGAGAAUCGUAUUUAUUGUAUUCACAAGUUAUGAAGCUGUUAGAUCUCUUCUUGAUUGUCCUCUUGGUGCUUUUUUUCUUGGCGUUAAUCCUCAGGGUUCCUUGACUGCUACAUAUUUAAAUAUUGAGACACAGUACCAUUCAUAAUUUCACUUUACAAUAUGGCCAUUUUGAGUGUCAUUUGGAAUUUUAUACCACACUAUCACACAGAUAAAGGUUUACAAGAAAGAAAAAAAAAACCCAGUGUUACAUUGAAUAACUAGAAGAAGGCACAUAACUUUACCCAUAGGCCAACAUGUUACAAAUUGCACUCUCAAACAAAUAAAUAAAUAUUAGUCAUUAAGACAGUUUUUCUGAGUUUUAGGCAUCAGAGCGUGUGAACUAUAUGGGGUUUCGAUGAUGAUAAAAAAAUGAGACAAAACUGUGUAAUUUAGGUAAACAUUUAUUUUACAUAAUAUUUCAUUUCAAAAUGACCAAAUACUUUAUUUAAGCUUUGUGUGGGAUUAAACAGGUUAUAUUAUGAUUUAUUACUUUUUAUUCAGCAAGGAUGUAUUCAACUGAUCUAAAGUGAAAGUAAAGAAAUUUAUAGUGUUACAAAAGAUU